AUGAUUGAGCCCCAGAACCUUACGAACCACUCCCUCUCUGGGCCAGCCGUUUUCCUUUUUGGUCCUCUUGCUCUUUCAUUCGACUUCAAUUCGUUCGUGCAGCUGCGGCACACAAUUAUCGACGACGAGGAGCAUAAUUGGAUUUGCGAUGUCAUCACCAGUCUGCCCCAAUAUUGGAAGACUAUCGUCGCAACGAUUCCUGGGUUGAAGGCCAGUGCUAGCCUAGCGGAUCUCGAGGAUCUUAAAGCAGCAUUCACCACCGGACAGUCUCUCAAGACUCCUUUUCCGCUGCCGAAUGCCCUUUUAAUUCCUCUGGUGGUUAGUCUCCACCUGAUGGAUUAUGCAACUUUCAUGAAACACAGCAAUCUUGAGCUGGAUAGUGGUCUUGAUAUUUUUACUUUGAGCAAGGAAGGCCAGGAGACCCUAGGCCUCUGCACUGGUUUGCUUAGCUCCCUGGCUGUCUCUUGUGCCGGCAACAAGGAACAGUACCAGAAGUACGGCGCCGUGGCAGUUCGUCUUGGCCUACUCAUUGGCAUGGUGGUUGAUGGACAUGAUGUUGUUUCCAAAUUUGGUCCAUCCAAGUCCAUCACUGCAGCAUGGAACACUGCCGAGAAGGUCAAAGAGAUGCAUCGGAUCUUGGACGAUUUCCCAAAUGCGUACACAUCUGUCAACUAUGAUGAAGAUCGUGCUACCAUUACCACGGCAGCAUCAGAUCUCUCUGAGAUGCAGCUGCAGUUGAGAGGAUGCGGCUUGAUCACAGCAGAGGUGGGUCUCUAUGGACGUUUCCAUGCCGAAUGCCACCGAGAUCAACUCCCAGAGAUCUUGAAGUUUUGUGAUUGCCACUCUGACUUCAAAUUUCCAAAUGCCUCCGAGUUGAAAAUCCCAACACGGUCUAACGCAGGCGGGCAAUUCAUUACGGAGGGUGCGUUGCACCACCACGCCCUGCGUUCUAUUUUGGUAGAGCCACCCAAGUGGUUCAAGACUUUCAUGGAUGUAUGCCAGACUACCCUGAAGGACAAAGAGUCGAAAGUGUUCUCCUUUGGAUCAGAGCGCCCUAUACCACCAUCUAUUCUGCGCGGACUCAACCAGCGGAUCAUCAAUGCAACGGACCAUGGGCAAUCGUCGCAGAAACAGCGGAGUUUCAGAUCAAACGACAUUGCUGUGGUUGGGAUGUCAUGCAAGGUCGCAGGUGCAAACAAUCUCGAAGAAUUCUGGGACAUUUUGUGCACCGGGAAGUCUCAACACAAAGAGGUUCCCAAAGAGCGAUUCAAUUUCGAAACCCCUUUUCGCAGUACCGACACAAAAAGAAAAUGGUUUGGAAAUUUCAUUGAGGGGCACGACGAAUUUGACCACAAAUUCUUCAAGAGAAGUCCUAGAGAGAGUGCUACAAUGGAUCCUCAGCAGCGCCACCUUUUGCAAAUUGCCUAUCAGUCCGUCGAACAGUCUGGCUACUUCCACGCCGCAAAUCCCGACAAGAACAUUGGCUGUUAUGUAGGCGUCUGUGCUUGCGAUUAUGAAAGCAACAUUGCCUGCCAUGCGCCCAACGCCUUCUCGGCUACCGGAAAUCUCCAAGGAUUCAUUGCAGGCAAGGUCAGCCAUUUCUUUGGAUGGACUGGCCCAGGUUUGACAAUUGAUACUGCCUGUUCAUCAUCAGCCGUCGCUGUUCAUUCGGCAUGCAAGGCCAUUCUUAGUGGAGAGUGCACCGCUGCUCUGGCUGGUGGCACGCAUGUUAUGACCAACCCCCUAUGGUUCCAAAAUUUGUCCGGAGCUUCGUUCCUAAGUACCACCGGCCAGUGCAAGCCCUUUGACGCCAAAGCAGACGGAUACUGCCGAGGAGAGGGCAUCGCGACAGUAUUCUUGAAGAAGCUGUCGGCGGCCAUUGACGAUGGAGACCAAAUCUUAGGUGUGAUUGCCGCGUCUGCAGUCCAGCAAAACCAAAAUUGUACCCCGAUCUUUGUCCCCAACGUGCCCUCUCUUUCGGAUUUAUUCCGUAAAGUCACUCAACAAUCUGGACUUCGGCCCGGUGAUAUAUCCGUCGUCGAGGCUCACGGGACAGGAACAGCAGUCGGUGAUCCGGCCGAGUACGGAAGUAUCAGAUCAGUGCUAGGUGGCUCUGUUCGGACAAAUCCCCUGACGCUCAGCUCAGUCAAGGGAUUAAUCGGACAUACUGAGUGCACGUCUGGAAUUGUGUCCAUUAUCAAGGUUCUUCUCAUGAUUCAAAAAGGGGUGAUACCGCCACAAGCCAGCUUCACAGCCAUAAAUUCUGCGAUCGGCGCAACCCCUGCAGACAAAAUCAACAUUCCUACCAGUGUGCAAAAAUGGAAUGCAGACUUCCGAGCUGCGCUGAUUAACAAUUAUGGGGCAUCUGGAUCCAAUGCCUCAUUGGUUAUCACCCAGCCCCCGAGUGUCCGAGCUAGAUCAUUUGAACCACCAUCCCAGGACGAGAAAGGUAUUACAUACCCUUUCCAACUCUGUGGUCUCGAUGACUCCAGCCUUCGCCGAUACUCUGUCGCUUUGCGCGAUUUCAUCAGCCGUCAGGACCCGUCGACUGCAGAUUUGUCGCUUUCGAAUAUUGCGUUCAAUUUGAACCGGCAGGGAAAUCGUCAACUAGAGCGCACUUUAAUAUUCAGUGCUCAGUCAAUGGACGAGCUGCAGCAGAAUCUAAUUUCAUUCGAAAAUGGAAAUUCAAAUUUGGCAUCAUUGGCUUCACCAAAAGCAAAGCCGGUUGUGCUGUGCUUUGGUGGUCAGGUCUCCACAUUUAUUGGACUAGAUCGAACAGUAUAUGGAAAGGUUGCCGUCUUCCGGAAGCACCUAGAUACUGUGGAGGCUGUUGCUCGCUCUCUUGGGGCCAGCAGCAUUUAUCCUGGCAUUUUUGAGCGAAAUGCCAUUACCGAUAUCGUCAAGCUGCAGAUCACCCUAUUCGCGAUGCAGUAUGCCUGUGCGCGUAGCUGGAUUGACUCCGGUGUUAAGCCUGUCGCAGUGAUUGGACACAGCUUUGGCGAGCUUACUGCUCUCUGUAUCUCGCAAAUCUUGUCAUUGGAAGACACAGUGAAGAUGAUUAUGGCACGGGCAACUCUGAUUCGAGAUGCUUGGAAAAGUGACAAAGGCGCAAUGAUGGCCGUGGAAGGUGAUUUGGUUGAAGUUGAAAAGCUUCUCAGCGAGUCAAACAAAGCUUGUGAGGGCGUCGAACCAGCCAACAUCGCGUGUUUCAACGGACCCAGAAGUUUCACCCUCGCUGGUCCAACUGCUGCGAUUGAUGCAGCUGCGCAGAAACUUUCCCUCCCUGCCUUUGCAAACAUGAAACAUAAGAGAUUGAAUGUGACCAACGCUUUCCACUCUGUCUUGCUUGACCCUCUUCUCGGGCGUCUUGAAAAGAGUGUCGAGAAUCUAACAUUCCACGAGGCCACAAUCCCAAUGGAAAGAGCUACCGAACAUCACUUUGAAGGAAAGCUCAGCGCCAAAUUUGUUCCUGAACACCUUCGCUCCCCGGUCUUUUUCAACCAUGCCCUGCAUAGGCUAGUAACGAGGUAUCAAGAAUGCGUCUUUUUAGAAGCCGGAUCAAAUUCAACGAUUACCAAUAUGGCCAGUCGUGCUCUUGGUAGCCCGAAAAGCUCGCACUUUCAGGCAAUCAAUAUCACCGGCGACAAUGCCUGGAAUAACCUAGCUGCUGCCACCGUCAGCCUGUGGAAAGCCGGGCUUAAUACACACUUUUGGGCUCACCAGUCUACCCAAACCAAAGAACACUCGCCCCUUCUUUUGCCUCCAUAUCAGUUUGAGCGUGCACGUCACUGGACAGAAUUGAAAACGCUAUCAAAAGUUGCAGAGAUAUCUACCUCACAGAGGAUGGAGCCAAAAUCAAACGAACUUCCUGACACCCUCCUGACAUUUGUUGGUCACCAAGACAGCAGCAAUCUUGUUGCGAGAUUUCGAGUCAAUACCAUGAUCCCUAAGUAUGACACUCUCGUCAAAGGCCAUGUCAUUGCUCAAACCGCACCCAUUUGCCCUGCUACGAUUCAGCUUGAGCUCGCAAUUGAGGCAGUUCGAGGUCUCAAACCUGAACUCGCUUCUUCUGGGCUAGAGCCCCAAAUCCAUGCCGUGGAGAACCAAUCUCCUGUCUGUAUCAACCCAGCUCGUGCGGUUUGGAUUGAGUUAACUUCGAAGGAGACCACCGGCAGCCCCUCUUGGGACUUCCAAGUCUUCAGCGAUGACAUGCAGCGUGAAGGUGUCUCCAAAACGCUUCAUACGACUGGUAAGAUUGUCUUCCGAUCGGUUGAUGACUUAACAUUCAAGAUGGAGUUUGCUCUGUUUGAGCGUCAUUUCAGCCACCAACGCUGUGUUGACAUGCUACAAAGUGGUGAUGUUGAUGAAAUUCUACGCAACCAGAACAUCUAUAAAAUUUUCUCGGAGAUCGUGGACUAUGGUCAGGAUUACCGCGGGGUUCAAAAGCUCGUCAGUAAGGGAUCUCAGUCGGCAGGCUAUGUGGUCAAGAAAUACAAUCCAGAGACAUGGCUCGAUGGCCAUCUGGCCGACAGCUUCUGUCAAGUUGGCGGAAUAUAUGUCAACUGCAUGACAAAUCAGUUGCCGGCCGAUAUGUUUAUCGCGAAUGGCAUCGAACAAUGGAUUCGGUCGCCCAAUCUUCGCCAGGGUGAUGCCAGACCAGAUGCCUACCAUGUUCUUGCCGCACACCAUCGUCCUGCCAAUCAACAUUACUUGACUGAUGUGUUCGUUUUCGAUGCUGAUAGCGGUGCCUUGGUUGAGGUUAUCCUUGGUAUCAGCUAUGUCAGAGUUCCCAAAGCAUCCAUGAGCAAGCUCCUCGCCCGCCUCACCGUAAGAGAAGCGCAGCCCGCUCCAAUCAGCAUCAAAGCUCCAGCAGAGCGUCCCGCUCUGGGGCUGUUCGCCGUUCAGCCGACGACGACUGCUCCACCUUCAUCGUGUAUUUCAAUUCCAGAAAUAAAAUCAUUAACGGUUCCUAAGGCAGAGCAACCAUCACCUAGGGUGGAUGUGGUGCCCAAAAUCAAGGCUAUCCUAGCGGAUCUCUCUGGUCUCGAGCUGCACGAGAUCAAAGACAACAGUGAGCUGGCCGAUCUCGGUAUCGAUUCUCUCAUGGGAAUGGAGAUGGCCCACGAAAUUGAGGCCGCAUUCAAGGUUGAUCUUCCUGAGAGCGAACUGAUGCGAAUCACGGACAUGCCGGGUUUAAUCAAGUGCGUGCAGAUUGUUGUUUCUGGUUGUACAAUCUCGACUAGUGAGGCAUCCGAGCAGGACUUUGACGAAAGCGAUGAGAAAUCAGCCAGCAGUACUACUCCGAGCAGUCCGGUGGACUCCGUCGAUAUGGAUAAAUUGCUUGGAGAUUCGCAAUCCCAUGGCUUGAGUAUCCCAUAUGCCACAGUGAUGGAAGCAUUCAAUGAGACGAAGAGCCUCACAGAUGACCGGAUUGCUGAGUAUGAUCAAACCAACUACGUCGACACUGUUCUUCCAGCUCAAACCGCGAUGUGUGUGGCACUCACACUUGAAGCGUUUGACCAGCUUGGUGUAGGACUUCGAGAUGCCAAGCCUGGUCAAAAGUUUGCGCGUAUCUCACACCCAAAGGAGCACACUCGCCUGGUUACGUAUCUAUACCAGAUGCUCGAGGAUGCUGCAGGUCUCAUCAACCUCGACGGCGAUACUAUCACUCGAACAGCGGCUGUGGCGCCAGUAAAGCCCAGCAGAGAAAUCUUGGCGGAUCUGCUAGCUCGCUUCCCGGACCAAAGCACUGCUGAUAAGCUCACAUACUACACCGGAUCUCAUCUUGCAGAAGUUUUGCGUGGCGAGACAGACGGAAUUAAGCUGAUUUUUGGUACCCCAGAAGGGCGGGAGCUGGUGUCUGGCCUUUAUGCAGAAUGGCCCAUCAAUCGCUUGCUUUACAAGCAAAUUGAAGAUUUCCUUGCUCGCCUAGCCUCCAAGCUUGACAGCAAGGAUAGUCCUAUCAAAAUACUCGAGAUGGGUGCCGGCACUGGUGGCACAACACGCUGGCUGCUGCCAUUGCUCGCCUCACUGAACUUGCCAGUGGAAUAUACCUUCACCGAUCUGGCACCGUCCUUUGUAGCAGCAGCGCGGAAGAAGUUCUCCAAGCAGUACCCUUUCAUGAAAUUCCGAACUCAUGAUAUUGAGAAGGCCCCGGCCGAUGAUUUGAUCGGAACCCAGCACAUCAUUAUCGCCAGCAAUGCGAUCCACGCCACACACAGCUUGAGUGAAUCUGCCAUGAACAUCCGCAAAGCCCUCCGCCCUGAUGGAUUCUUAAUGAUGGUUGAAAUGACCGGUACUCUGUACUGGGUGGACAUCAUUUUUGGCCUCUUUGAGGGCUGGUGGUACUUUGACGACGGGCGAACUCACGCCGUCACUCACGAAUCUCGAUGGGAGAGAGAUCUCCAGGCUGUCGGAUACGGUCAUGUUGACUGGACUGAUGGAGCCCGACCAGAAAACAAACUCGAGCGGCUGAUCUUGGCCUUUGCCUCGGGGGACAGGUAUGAACGACUUGGAACUCCCGGAUCGGUAAUGGGCCCGUCGGCUGACCUCGUGUUCCGGAAAGCAGUUGUUGAUCGUUAUGUUCGUGAUAUGACCGCCGGUUUCGGGGAUGCUGUUGAGGAUUCCUCGAUAUCCGGUGCUCUAUCGAGUCAUCCCAGCGGCCAAUGUGUCGUGGUGACAGGCGGCACUGGUAGCCUGGGAUGUCAUCUCGUUGCUAAAUUUGCCUCAUUGCCAGACGUUACUCAAGUCAUUUGUCUCAAUCGGCGCAGUCGACAAGAUCCUUCCUCACGCCAACAUGAAUCUCUUCUCAAGAAAGGCAUCGUGCUUCCACCACAUAUUGCUAGCAAACUAUGUGUGUUCGAGACUGACAUGUCCAAGUCAGAGCUGGGUCUUGCGAAGGAUGAUUACGAGUACUUCCUCCAAAACACAACUCACAUCGUUCAUAAUGCCUGGCUCAUGAACGCCAAGUGGCCAAUCAAGAAUUUUGAACCUCAGUUGCGUAUCAUGCGAAACCUGCUCGACUUCACGGCACAUAUCUCCGCGCGUCGCUCGCCUGGAACAAAAGUCAACUUCCAGUUCAUCUCUUCCAUCGCAACAGUCGGUCAUUGGCCGCUUUGGACCGGAAAGUCUAAUGUCCCCGAGCAGCGGAUGACGAUUGACUCCGUUCUUCCCACGGGAUAUGGCGAUGCGAAGUACAUCUGCGAAUUGAUGCUCGAUGAGACCCUCCAUCGCUACCCGGACCGGUUCCGUGCGAUGGCUGUCCGCCUCGGUCAAGUUGCGGGAUCCAGCACAAGCGGUUACUGGAAUCCGACCGAGCAUCUGCCGUUCAUCAUCAAAUCUUCUCAGACUCUCAAAGCUCUGCCUGACUUUGAUGGCCUUCUUUCCUGGACCCCUGUGGAUGAAGUCGCCAGCACGCUCGUUGACCUGGUUACUUUGCCGAUGACUGAUACCCCGUACUCGAUCUAUCAUAUCGACAACCCGAUUCGCCAGGCUUGGAAGGAGAUGAUUCCUCUUUUGGCUGAGGCACUCGGUAUUCCGUCUGCUGAUGCUAUUCCCUUCGACGAUUGGGUGCAGCGUGUCAAGAACCAUCAAUGUCAGGUUGAGGGCCCGGAAGGCGAGAACCCGGCGAUUUUGUUAAUUGACUUUUUGGAUGCCAACUUUUUGCGCAUGUCCUGUGGUGGACUCUUGUUGGAAACGAAAAAGGCGCGCGAGCACUCUAGGACGCUGGCGAAUGUGGGGCCGGUUAGUGACAAGGUGGCUAAGCUGUUUGUUGAAAGCUGGAAGCAAACAGGUUUUUUGGCUCAGGUUUGA